AAUGAUUUGACGUAUAAAGCCAACGUCAAGGACCAGAUCUGUCCUCAGUCUUUUCUCUUUCUCAGAACACUCUCGUCGGGCUCCAAAGCCUCGACAAAUCAAUUAGAAUCGAAUCGUGGGAAGAUGAAGAUCAGUGACGCUUUACUUUACUUCGUGAUCGUAUUUUACUCAAUCUCAUCCGCCUCCGCCAAUUCCGUCCACGGAUGUGGCGGCUUCGUUGAGGCGAGCUCAUCUCUGAUCAAAUCGAGGAGGGCAACUGAUACCAAAUUAGAUUAUUCUCAUAUCACGGUUGAACUUCGCACUGUAGAUGGAUUGGUAAAGGAAAGAACUCAGUGCGCUCCAAAUGGAUACUACUUCAUUCCAGUGUAUGAUAAGGGUUCUUUUGUUAUUAAAAUCAGUGGACCAGAAGGAUGGUCUUGGGACCCAGAUAAGGUUCCUGUUGUUAUUGAUGACACUGGUUGCAACAAUAAUGAAGAUAUUAAUUUUCGGUUUACAGGAUUUACCCUAUCUGGGAGGGUUGCAGGAGCUGUUGGUGGACAGAGCUGCUCAGUUAAAAAUGGAGGUCCUUCAGAUGUGAAUGUGGAGCUUUUAUCUCCUGAUGAUGAUCUCAUUUCUUCUGAAUUAACUUUGUCAAAUGGAAGGUACUUGUUCAAAAAUAUCAUUCCAGGAAAGUACAAAUUACGUGCUUCACAUCCUGAUUUGAAAAUUGAAGUUAGAGGUUCCACAGAGGUGGAACUGGGAUUUCAAAAUGGUGUAGUUGAAGACAUUUUCUUUGUUCCUGGGUACGACAUCCAGGGUUCUGUGGUUGCCCAGGGAAAUCCCAUCUUGGGAGUUCAUAUAUAUUUAUAUUCUGAUGAUGUCGUUGAGGUAGAUUGUCCCCAAGGUGCUGGUAAUGCCCCUGGACAAAGGAAAGCUCUAUGUCAUUCUGUAUCAGAUGCUGAUGGGAUGUUCUCAUUCAAAUCAGUACCUUGUGGCCUUUAUAAACUCAUACCAUACUACAAGGGUGAAAACACAGUAUUUGAUGUCUCACCUUCUGUUGUGUCAGUGUCAGUUGAGCAUCAACAUGUAAGAGUUCCCCAAAAGUUUGAGGUUACUGGUUUCUCUGUUGGGGGACGUGUUAUUGAUACAAAUGACAUUGGGGUGGAGGGUGUUAAAAUUUUAGUUGAUGGUCAAGAAAGGUCUAUCACCGAUAAAGAAGGUUAUUACAAGCUUGACCAGGUUACAUCAAAUCGCUAUACAAUAGAGGGCUUAAAGGAGCAUUACAAGUUCAACAAGUUAAAGGAUUACUUGGUUAAGCCGAAUAUGGCUUCAGUUGCAGACAUUAAAGCAGUUUCUUACGAUGUUUGUGGCAUAGUCCAGACAAUUAACUCAGGUUACAAGGCGAAGGUAGCCUUGACCCAUGGACCAGAGAAUGUCAAGCCACAAGUGAAACAGACAGAUGAAAGUGGAAAUUUCUGCUUUGAGGUUCCACCAGGAGAAUAUCGCUUAUCUGCUUUGGGUGCCACACCUGACAGUGCCCCUGAACUUCUGUUCUUACCUCCUUAUACUGAUCUUGUGGUCAAGAGUCCACUAUUUAAUGUAGAAUUUUCACAGGCUCUAGUCAAUGUCCAUGGUAGAGUAGUUUGCAAGGAGAAAUGUGGUGCUUCUGUUUCUGUUACCCUUGUGAGAUUAGCUGGAAAACGUAAUGAGGGGAGAAAAACAGUGAGUUUGACAGAUCAAAGCAGCCAAUUUCUGUUUCCUGAUGUUUUGCCAGGAAAGUACAGGCUUGAGAUCAAACACUCCUCUCCAGAAGCUGUGUCCAAGGCAGAUAACUGGUGCUGGGAGCAAAGCUUCAUUGAUGUGGAUGUUGGUGCCAAGGAUGUUAAAGGAAUUGAAUUUGUUCAAAAGGGUUAUUGGGUCAAUGUUAUAUCUACCCAUGAUGUAGAUGCUUUAAUGACUCAGCAAGAUGGUUCACCUGUUAAUUUGAACAUUAAGAAAAGUUCCCAAUUUAUUUGUGUCAAAUCCCCUGGAGUGCAUGAACUUCACUUUGUUAACUCAUGUAUUUUCUUUGGGAGCUCAUCAAUAAAGAUUGAUACAUCUAACCCAUUGCCCAUCUAUUUGAAAGGAGAGAAGUAUCUCCUUGGAGGACAAAUCAACGCCAAUUCAAGUUCAUCUGAUGAAUUGCCUGUGAGUAUAGUUGUGGACAUUCUGAAUGGUGAAGGCAUGGUUAUGCAUAGCACAAAUGCCAACCUUGCAUCCAGUGUAAAUGAUCAAAUAAGGACUGCUGUAUACGAGUAUUCUGUGUGGGCUAAUCUUGGAGAAAAGCUUACUUUUCUUCCUAGGGACCCUAGGAAUAAUGGAGAAAAAAAGAUUUUGUUUUAUCCUAGACUACACCAUGUUUCGGUGACAAAUGAUGGUUGCCAAGCUUCAGUGCCCCCCUUCUCUGGUCGACCAGGGUUAUACUUGGAGGGAACAGUUUCUCCCCCUAUUUCCGGUGUUCAUGUAAGGGUUAAUGCUGGUGAGGAUGGUAGCAUUUCUCCGGUCAAGAAAGGAGACCUUGUGCUUGAAACAGCCACAGAGGAAGAUGGUUCUUUUGUUGCAGGACCUCUAUAUGAUGAUGUAACUUAUGAUAUCAAGGCUUCAAAGCCUGGCUUUCAUCUUAAACAAGUAGGCCCGUAUGCUUUUUCUUGUCAGAAGCUUAGUCAAAUAUCUGUGACAAUAUAUUCCAAGGACGAUGCCAAUGAACCUAUCCCUCCUCUUCUGUUGUCAUUGAGUGGGGAUGAUGGGUAUAGGAACAACUCAAUAUCAGGGCCUGGUGGAAUCUUCGUCUUUGAGAAUUUAUUUCCUGGAAGCUUCUAUCUGCGGCCUCUGCUAAAGGAGUAUGCUUUCUCACCUUCAGCGCAGGCAAUAGAACUUGAUUCUGGAGAAUCUAGAGAAGUUGUUUUCCAUGCCACACGUGUUGCCUACAGUGCAAUGGGUUCGGUGACUCUGCUGUCUGGCCAACCAAAAGAAGGGGUUUCAAUUGAGGCCCGUUCAGAGUCAAAAGGCUACUAUGAGGAGACAGUGACUGAUUCAUCUGGAAGGUAUCGUCUGCGAGGGCUUGUUCCUGACACAACAUAUUCAAUCAAAGUUGUGCAGAAGGAUGGCUUGGGUAGUGCUAAAAUUGAGCGUGCAUCUCCUGAAUCAGUAGCUGUAAAGGUUGGAAACAAGGAUAUCAAGGGAUUGGACUUUUUGGUCUUUGAGCAGCCAGAAAUGACUAUCUUAAGUGGCCAUGUUGAAGUAAAUAGGAUUGGGGAACUACAUAAUUCUCAUUUAUUGGUAGAAAUUAAGUCAGCUGGUGACACGUCUAAAAUUGAGUCUGUCUUCCAACUGCCAUUGUCCAACUUCUUCCAGGUCAAGGACUUGCCUAGAGGCAAACAUAUCUUGCAGCUCAAAUCCAAUCUCCCUUCAAGCACUCAUAAAUUUGAGUCUGAGAUUAUUGAGGUUGACCUAGAGAAGAAUGCCCAAAUUCAUGUGGGUCCCCUCAGAUACAGGGUGGAGGAGGAUCAUCACAAACAGGAAUUAACUCCUGCUCCAGUAUUCCCCCUAAUCGUCGGAGUUUCAGUGAUUACUCUCUUUCUCAGCAUUCCAAGACUAAAGGACAUAUACCAAGCCGCUACGGGAAUACCAACACCAGGUUUUAUGACAACUGCGAAAAAAGAAGUGCGGAAACCGGUUGUGAGAAAAAAGACUUACUGAAGUCCCCUUUUCCACCAAUGGGAGGCCAGAAGAGUAUGUUUGACUGUCACAAAGUUUAGUUUUCAUUCAUUGUUCCCAAGUUUUGGCAGAUGACAACCUAAUUUUGGAUGAUAGCAUUAGCGCCUUCUUUCAAUACGUCAUUUUGAUGGAGAGCAUUAGAGCCUUCUCAUACAAAUUGUACCUUUGUGGCUUGUAGAAUUGAAUCCGAAUGUAUCUUUCUAGCAGCAAAUGCAGCUUGUAGAAUACUGUAUGCACUCCCCUGCCCUUGUCCUCAUUUCACAGUCUUCCACCAUAAAUGAUAAAACUGCCCUUAGGUUAAUAUUUCA